AACAAAAGAAUCGCGAUGGCCUACCAGCCAUCCAGUGUAGACUUCUAUUCCUAAAUUAAUCAGAUUUUUCAUUGUAACAUUGUUUCUAUUGUGGAUAUAAACAGUGGCAUCCGCAGACAAAGUCGAACGGUCAGUCUGGAAUAAUGUAUAUCAUUUCUAGAAAUCGACUUCGAAUUAAUUAGUCGAAAAGUUGGGGAAGAAUUAUUAAAAGGUCAGAUUUCCUUUCAAAUUCCACCAAUAGGAAAUGAGUUAGCAAAGAGUCAAGGGCACUUUCAGUCGAAUCACUUUCCGAGUAUAAUACUUCUAGAAGAGUGCAGUAAACAAUAAAAUAACAUAAUUGUAAGCUUGUAAAUUCAUUUUAAACGUUAAUACUCGUACGCAUCACUACUAGAAAGCACAGUUCAAGAAUGAAACUCGAUUGUGUAGCUAGAUUUUUCUCCUCCAGAUUUAAACAACUUGGAGGAUCCAUUGCUGAUAAUCCGUCGUAUUACGUCAUUAUACCCGUAGCCCUAACAUUGAUCCUUAGCACAGGAUUGCAGAACAUAUACGAGAAAAAUAAUACAAAGUAUCUGCUAGCACCCGAUAACUGUAGGACCAUUCGGGAGGAAGCCAUAAUAGGAAGGUACUUUGAUGUGGAAUACAAUAACGACUCGAACCCUUGGAGACUCAACAGAGAACCCAGUGAGGGUUCCAUUGUAAUCACUGCUAAAGACGGAGGAUCGAUUUUUCGCCAGUCCGUCUUUGAAGAGGUCGUCAAUCUCGAUGGAAUCAUAAGAAACGUCACAGUACAAUAUAAGGGUGAGCGUUGGAAAUAUAAGGAUCUGUGCGUUAAAGAUGGAGGCAAGUGUUACAAAAAUUCUGUACUUCUUCUAAGAGACAAAAUUCCCCAAAUUAUUAGCGGAGAUUAUUCGUUUAAAUACCCUUUACACGCCGAUAGUGGGAUAUUUUCGUAUACUUUUUAUGGUUCGUCAUUGGGAGGGGUUACUUUGGACGAAGAAGGAAGCGUUAAGGAUGCAAAAUCCUUACGACUCCUCUAUUUUUUGAAUGAUGCAUCGGAACUUAAGAGCGAACUGAGUAAAAUGUGGCUGGACGAAUUCCUCGAACUUCUUCGGGAUACGGAUUAUCAUCAUAUUGUGGUUGAUAGAUACUCGAGUGAAUCUCAAGAGAAAGAACUGGUUAAAAUGCUAAGAAGAUUAUUCCCGUUGUUAGCAUUUUCUAUAUCCGUCUCUUUACUAUUUUCUAUAAUUACUUGUUUAAAGGACAAUUGGAUCGUAAGCAAACCCUGGACGGGGAUAAUUGCUGCAACAUCAGCAGGUAUGGCUCUCGGAUCUUCUUUCGGUCUAGUCAUAUAUUUUGGAGUGCCACUUAUCGCUGCCGUAGGAUCCGCACCUUUUCUUAUACUAGGUAUAGGAAUGGAUGACACUUUUGUCCUACUGGCAGCAUGGAGGAGGACCGAUUCUACAAAGAGUGUUAAAGAAAGAUUAUCGGAAGCGUACUCCGAAUCGGCAGUGUCUAUAACUAUUACGUCACUGACUAACUUCAUUGCCUUCAUUUCCGGUGUAGCUACACCCUUUAGACUCAUCAGAAUAUUCUGUAUUUACGCCUCUACUGCAGUUUUAUUUUCCUACAUUUACCAGAUAACUUUUGUAGGUGGUUGUAUGGCUAUUUGCGGACACCUAGAGAAAAAGCAAAGGCACGCUGUAUUUGGUGUCCCCCUUAAAAAAGCCAACGAUGAAAUGGGAUGCUGUGUUCGCUUCUUCGCUACGAGCUCGACGUGGAACGACUCGUCCAAAUCGAUUUCGAAAUUAAAUUUCUGGGAAAAAUAUGCUAAAAUUUUAACCCUUUGGCCCAUUAAAGUAUUGUCUCUGGUUAUACUAUUUACGUAUUUGCCAAUUGGAUUUUGGGGUAUAACCAAAUUAGGAUUUUUAACCAGCUUGAAGACCGGAACCGCUUACGAUUCUUAUUACAUUUCGUACUACGACAACAUUUACAAAUAUUUCAACCAAUAUCGUGAUAGGAUACAAAUUGUGGUUCAUCAAGAGAUGGAUUACGCCGAUGAAAAAGUACAGAAACAAAUCGAAAACCUUUUAACAGAAAUAGAAAACACAGAUUUCAUAGCAGACUCGACUCUAACGGAAUCGUGGUUGAGAUAUUUCUUGAAGUUCGUCAAGAGCAACGUCACUUCACCUUUAAUUUCCAAUUUUAACAUGAGCAGCAGCCAAGAUUUCAUUUACGUUCUGAGAAAUUUCUUCUUGAAGCAUCCCGUUGCGAGGAGAUUCACACGCGACAUUGUGUUUAAUAGUAACAAUACAGCUAUCGUAGCCAGCAGAUUUCUGUGCCAAACUAAUUACACAAAUUCGUUAGGGGACAGUUAUCACGGAAUAAAAGAAUUACGCGAAAUAACCGACCGGACACCCUUUUCUGUUUUCGCUUACCACUUUCUAAAUUUUUACUCGGACGAGAUCGAAGUGAAGACCGGAAUCACAAUCCAAAUUUUAUGCUCCGUGGCCAUUGUUAUAACAGUGGUGUGCUUUUUAUUUAUUCCGAACAUAAUAACGACGUUAGUAGUAACUUGCACUGUUAUAUCUAUAGAAGCGAGCGUUUUGGGUUACAUGGCUCUGUGGGAUGUAGAAGUAGGACCCGUUUCUAUCAUGAUUUUAACCAUGUGUGCCGGAUUUUCGGUGGAUUAUUCAGCCCACAUGUCGUACAUUUAUCAAUUAACCGAAAACGAUAACCCAAACGAGCGUAUGGUAAUGGCAAUUUCGGCUAUAGGAAUGGCUAUCUUCCAAGGAAGCGUCAGCACCAUCCUCUGUAUAUUGCCAUUAGCUAUACCCAUAGCUUACAUUUAUCUUUCGGCAUUUAAAAUUAUAUUUUUAGUCAUUUUAUUUUCUGCAAUACACAGUUUAUUUUUCCUACCCAUAUUAUUAUCCUUAUUCGAUUCCCUACUCAAGAAGUUCAAAGGUAAAACCGUGAAAUUAGAGAUUAGCGAAGAGAUGCGGAAAAAUGGUAAUGUUAAUCACAGCUUCGUAGGCGAAGAUGAUAAAAACGCUAGUAAACUUAUAAAUUCCAACAACAUGACUGUUCCUAAUUCUAAUCACCCGUAUUUUGUUCCGUAUUCCUUACAGAAUGAAAAGAAUAAGUUGUAAGUGAUCAUCACUCACAAUUUAUUAUAUAAACAUACGCUCAAUAUCUUUAUACAAAUUAACGGGUUUAUACAAUAAUGUAACCACGUAUCGUGACAAUAUCGGUGAUUGUAUUUAUAUAACUUACAUUUCUUAUAAUAUUUUCUGUUACGUUAAUCGCGAAAUUGUAUUUUUCUCUUAGUGUACGACCAUAACUUAUAGAUUUUUCCUACUGGAAUAUAUGUUUAUUCACGAAUCUAGUUACAAUUCCUUGUAGUCAAUUGUUAUCAGAUAAAUAAAUUGUGUGUAAUUAAUAAAGAAAUCAGAUCCAAUAAUUAGGAAAUAAUUUCGUAUAGCCAGAGAGACUUCAAAGUGUUGUUAAAAGUGUUUUGAAAUAGUGUAAAUUAUAAUAAAGUAGAGGUAAAUUGGA